GCUGUUUUUAUGUUAGUGUCAUGCGCAAGUGUUACGAGAUUAUUUCAAGUAAAUAAGCGUAUUUCUCAUAAGAUUGUUGAGUGUAUCACCUCAUUUCCAAUAUGACUUCGCCCUCUUCGUACAGAUUGCCGAAGGAGGAGAGCGUGAGACUGAGGCGUUCGUUGAUAGGGAAAAAUGUGCAGUUAUUUUACAAACAUGAACCUCUGAAGAUAGUAAGGGCACAUGGCCAGUAUAUGUAUGAUGAACAGGGCACUGAGUAUUUGGACUGUCUCAACAAUGUUGCACAUGUUGGUCACUGCCAUCCCCAUGUAGUUGCAGCAGGUAGCCACCAGAUGUCACUCCUGUGCACAAAUAACAGAUUUCUACACGACAACAUCCUUCUUGUCUCUCAAAAGUUGCGAGAAACGCUUCCUAAGGAACUUUGUGUCUUUUAUUUUGUGAAUUCUGGUUCUGAGGCAAAUGACCUUGCUAUGAGGUUGGCCAGAGCCCACACUGGUGCUAUUGAUACAAUAUGUCUAGACCAUGCAUACCACGGUCAUGUGAUUUCCCAGAUAGAUGUCUCUCCCUACAAGUUCAAUAACACAGGAGGUGCUGGAAAGCCUGAAGACACACAUGUGUACUUAUUCAGGUCAUUUGAGUUCCUGUCUCCAGUGGAGUCCAUUUAUGUAUAAGUUUAAAAAUCGGGAGUUCAAAGGUCAACCAGAUUUCAUACAUGUGGCACCAGUGCCAGAUGCCUAUCGGGGCAUUUUUCGUGACAUGGACCACGUAGGGGAAGAUUUGGCUGCCCUCUAUGCAUCUGAGGUGGACAAACUGAUAGCAGGUAUUCAUAAGAAAGGGCGUGAUGUGUGUGCCUACAUUGCAGAGUCCAUGCAAAGCUGUGGGGGACAGGUUAUACCACCCAAAGGCUACUUUCAAAAUGUAUACAAUUCAGUACGUAAGGCAGGAGGUGUAUGCAUAGCAGAUGAAGUCCAAGUAGGCUUUGGCAGAGUAGGAAAACAUAUGUGGUCUUUCCAGUGUGAUGGUGUUGUACCAGACAUUGUGACAAUGGGAAAACCUAUGGGUAAUGGGCACCCUGUGGCAUGUGUGGCGACAACACAGGCAAUAGCAGACAGUUUCUCUGACCAGGGUAUGGAGUACUUCAACACAUGUGGAGGUAACCCAGUAUCUGGGGCCAUUGCUCUUGCAGUCCUAGAGGCCAUUGACAAUGACCACUUGCUGCAGAAUGCAACACAAAUUGGUGAUUACGUCAUGGAGAAAUGCCGGGAGCUCCAAAAUAAACACUACAUCAUUGGUGAUAUAAGGGGACGAGGGAUGUUUCUAGGAAUAGACUUGGUAAAGGACAGAAUAACCAGAGAACCUGAUACACUUGGCACUAAAUAUGUUGUCAAUAGGUUACGUGAGGAACGGGUGUUGCUACGUUCUGAUGGUCCCUUUAACAACAUUCUCAAAUUCAAGCCUCCAAUGUGCUUCAACAUGAAGGAUGCCGACAGAAUGAUUGCGACCUUGGACAAAAUAUUCACAGAAAUCGAGGAUAUUUCUACAGUUCAUAAAUACAAUGCAGACAUUGAAGAGCGAGAGAAAUACCAUUUCCACCCAACAUCCCAAAUUUCUGUCAAGCCCACUUCUAAGUCAAAGCUGUAAUUGUACAGAAAAAUGUACAUUUUAGUAAAUUAGGGGGUGCAGGGACUUGAAGCAAGACUAACAUUUCUGAUUUUGUAGCCAACAGAAAUUUCUGCUGAAUGUUUCUGACUUGAUAGCCAACAAUAGUGACUGAACAUUUUCUAACUUUAUAGCCAACAGUAGUCACUGUACAUUUCUGACUUUAUAGUC